CGUGUAUCGAUGGAUCCCGCACAGCCAGCGGCUGCAGCACCAGCAGCCGCGGCUGCUGGUGCUACAGCGAGCAGCGACAGCGCAUUGCUGCAGGCCAAAAAUGCGGAGUAUGAACAGACGGCACUGCGUCUCAGCUUGUGCAGCGAUGAAGCCCUCGUUACAGUGGUAGCAAAGCUGCUUCCUCGAGCGUUCCUUGAGCUGAUGACAUGCCCCCCCUUGUCUCUACCCAAGGCAAGCUGCUGGCCCCUGUUCUGCUGUAACAACAUGCGCAUGAAUAUAUGUAUGCAUGCGCGAGCUUCUUCAGGAGCAAUGACAAGACGACGAGAGCCUAGGGAGGAAUUGUGGACACAGGUUAUUGCCAUCGUGAACAGCUGCCUGCGUCGAUCGAAGGAAGCAGCAGCCGAGGUACCCAUCCCUGCGGAGGAGCUUGUGUCUCUCUUGGCCGCAGCAGAGCGGCAGCAGCGCACGGGGGAGCAGCAACAGGAGCUGCAGUCGCAGCUGCAGCAGCUGCGACUGCCUCCCCUUCGCCCUGGCAACCUUCCUGUCGCGAGAGGCAUUGUUCCCUUGUUCCUCUCUGUAGCUGUACGUCGGAGAGACGUGGAGAAGCUUUCCUCUCUAGGCUUGCUGCUGCUGCAGAACUACGAAGAGUGGGCAGCCAGCAGCAGCUACCCCAAGAUGCUGUUGCUGCUCUUGGAGUGCUUGGCAACCCCUAAGGUGCUGCAAACGCUCCACCCCAAUAGUAGCAGCAGCAGCAGCAACACAUCUGCAUUGCGCAUCCUGAGCUUCAUGGCCUCUCAGAAGACUGAGAUCCUUGCAGCGAGCACCGCUGCAGCGAGCAUCACCAGCACCAAGCUGCCCUGCUGCAGCAAGCCAAAUGGCGCUUUCUUGGCAGUGUUGCAGGCGAUGUGUGAGUUGCUGCUGCUGCUCGGCACGGAGUCUUCCACCGCCUCUUCAGCAAAAAAGGAAGAAAAGGAAGCAGCCAUUCAGCAGUUGGCUCUGCAGCUUGUACGGAGCAGAGACUGGGGGAAUGUGCUGCAUCAGCUAGAGCAGAAGCGUGGACAGAAGGCUUUCAAAAGCAAGGCUGACUCUUCUCUUACGUAUGGGUUUACGAGUAUUCUUGGCCUUCCAGAAGUCGCUUCGAAUUCGACAGAGUCAGCAGCAGCAGCAGCAGCAGCACCAGCAGCUGCUGCUGCUGCCACCUCCGCACGCGCAGGAGCCAAGGGCGUCUCUGUAGGAUCUUUGCAGCUGUGGGAGAAGAACUGCAAGCUCUCCCGACAGGAGCUAGUGCUUUAUCAGACGCGAGCAGUGCUGCUGCUGACAGAAGCGACGAAGGCGGUCCCUAUUGUAGACGAGAAAGCUGCUGAAGCAGCUGCAGCCGUCGCCCUUUCCGCCUCUGCCGGAGAAGUCUCUGAUCCUCCAUCGUCUGUCAAGGUGCCAGAGACAGCAGUACAACUAAGUGCUCCAGCAACAUCAGUACUCGAGAAACUGCAAAAAGACUUGCGUCUUCCUCCAGCAAUCCUAGCGCCACUGUUGAUUGGCAGUUCUGCUCCGUUUGCUUCCGUUUCGGAUCCGUGCAAUGCUGCGCUGACUCGCCUCGCUGCUGCGAGCCAUGGAGACGACGAGCUGCUGCUGCAGCUGCUGUUUGAUUUGGUGUCUCUGAGACCGCUUCCCCAGCAGCACCCUCUGCAGCAGCAGCAGCAGCAGUUGCUGCUGCUCAGCUCGGCAACUCGGCGCAUGCAAGAAGCCAGGGGUCCCCUGCCCGCCAAGCUGCAAGAAAAGCUGUUGUUGCAGCUUGCGAAAUGCAGAGCAGCCGCAGAGCAGCGGCACUGUCUUGCCGUGCUGGAGCUACAGUGGGAGGCGCUGGGCUUGUUGCAGCUGGCAUUGCAGUGGGGAGUCAGCAGUCUUCAGCCAGCUGUACGCUUUAGAGCUUCCCUCUCUCUGCUGCAGUGGUGCUUGCGUCUCCAGCGGUGGUUCGUCUGCGAAGUGCAUGCAGGAGCAGCUGCUGACGUCACCACGGAAGCCGCGAACGAUGGAGGACGGCAGCAGCGACGCUCGCGCUUGCUGUGCUCCACAGUAGCGGAGGCUGGGGGGUUGGUGCUCAACUUCCUUUCGCAGUCUGUCGAGCAGCUGCUGUUGGUAGCGGCGCCAUCGGCCAGUGAUAUCUUCGCAGAAUGCUGCCUCCAGCCGGCUGGAGUUGCUGCAGACGGCAGUCUCGUCGUCUCCGACGGCGAGCUGCUGCUUGAGCGGAUGAUUCGCUUGUAUGGCGCAGUGUUCGCUGCGGAUUCUGUAGUCUCCCCUGACCUUGUCUUCAAGCUGAGCCAGGAGAUUCUGCCUCCCCACAUGCGUCCCCGCAGUGCAGCCGAUAUCCUGCUGCAGCCUGCGACGCGUCAGCUGUUGCCUCCUCUCCUGGAGGCGAUUUCCACGGCUUGCCGCGUCUGUCCUUUCUCGCCGCUUGGUAGCAGCGGCUGUCGUCUCGGCUGCUCUCUCGUGCCAGGCGGAGAAGACGAAGCGCGCUCGGGAAACUCGGCUGCUGCACCGCUGACGGAAACCAUGCUGCAGCUGCUGCAGCAGCUGCUGCUGCUGGUGCCGCGCGCUGUUGAAGCCGAUGCGCAGCAAAAAGCGACCAAGGCGCAGCCGCAAAGUCGGUGGGCAGCUUCUGCUGCACUUUCACUCAGUGCUGCAGUGGACGUUCCCACCACUCCCUCCGCACUUCAGGCGCUGCGCAGCUGUGGAGAUUGGCUAGCGAUGCGGCUAGAAACGCUGAGAGAGGCUAUUUUCCAGCUACAGGGAAAGCAACCAGAGGACUUGCUGAUUGGAGAGCUGCAGCAGCACCACGACCGUCUUGAGGGGCAGCUUGUUGCGCUUCUCGACUGGACCGUCGCUCUCUGGCUGAACCCCCCUACUGGCGCAUCUCCUCCAGUAUCGCCGACAGCAGACAGAAGCGAGAAGGACGCCUCUUCUUCCCCCCCGUUCGCGGCUGCAGAGGAGUCGAACGGAGGCGCAUGCGCAGACCUCUCGGCUCUAGCACCUCAACAGCUGAUGCUCCAGGAAGCGUUGCGGCUAGCCUCCAAAGCUUUUCCCCCCUUCCACCCCGCCAACAGGUAAGCAGGCAGCAGGAUCAACAGCAGCAGUAGCGGAGCAUCAAAAGAGGCAAAUGCAGCCGAGGUAGCCGCAGAUCUGCUGCAGCAAUGCGAGCGGCAGGGGACCCCCUCUUUUUCUGCGCUGCUGAGUUUCGUGCUGCCUCGCUUUUGCACCAAGAAAGACAUGGCCACGCCAGGGGAGGUGACGCCCUAUGGGAUCCACAAACCUGCGAUAUCUCCCUUCUACGUGGAUGCACACGAAGUGCAGCAGCAGCUCGCUGCCGCUACGAACGCGUCUCUAGAAUCGGCGGCUGAGGUGCGACUGGCUCUGGUGGAACGUCUAUCGGACUUGCUGCACGCCGAGCUGCACCUGGGGAGAAGCCUUCGUGCCGGAAGGCAGCUGCAGCGGACGCAGCCAGAAGAAGAGGCAGCAGCAGGAGCUGCAGGAGCUGCAGCUACACUCGAUGCAGCAGCAGCAUCGUCUGACCCAGAUUCGCCGUUGAAGAAGCUGCGCCUGGCGGAGGGCACGGCUCCUGCGCUUGCUGCAACGGCAAGUUGCUUCGACGUUCGUGGAGAAGACAUGCGUUUGCUCUCAGCUCUUCUCUUUCCACUGCUGGCAGCAAGACCAGCGGACCAGACGCUAACUGACGCCAUGCGCUGCGCCUUCUGCCGAUGCUGGAAGGGACUGCUGAAGUGGGAAAAGCAGCUACAGCAGCGGCAGAACGGCCGCUGCGAUGGGGGAGUCUCGGCACUGCCGUCGCUGCUGUCUGUGCAGGUGCCCCUGCUGCUCUCUUCAGUGCUCUUUGCGCCUCUGGCGGCUGGCUCAGUUGCAGCUGCUGCGGAGAAAGCGGCAGCAGCGAAGAAGAAGAAGCAGGGAAGGGCCCUCAAGGCGGUGCAGUGCACCCGAGAAGACGCGCGAAGAGCUGCAGCCGAUUUGUUGCGGAUGUUCGCCUCUUCAGUGCAUCAGCGUACCCCCCAAGAGUCGGAUCACGAGAGGCUUCUUGCUGCCUUUCUGCCUUUUCUUUCGGGGAGGCUCGUGGAUGUGCAACAGCUGCUGCAGCAGGAGGCAGCCUUUGCAGCAAGCCUGCAGUGCUGCUGUUCUCUGGGAGAGCGAGGAAGCCUCCCUUCCGACCCUCUCCUCCUGCAUCUGAAGGAUGCCGUGCAGCAGCACACAGGACUGGCUGUGCGUGAGCAAGAAAAACAGCAAACGCAGACGCAAAGACAGCGACUGCCUUUGCCGGGAGAGCUCGCUGGCAGUCUCGUGGUUGUGGGAGGCGCGCUUUCGGAAGCGAGGGAAAAGAGCAGCUGCGCUGUCGGCAGCAGCGAGGCUCCAGAGAACAGCGUCGCUUCGCAGGCAGUCUCUGUCGUGCUGCAGCACUUUCACCUGUGGACUGCUGCGUACUGCCGCGAUGACGACGCUGCAGCAGCAGCGCAAGCUGCCGCUGCGCAGCCUCCCCUAGGCGAGCAGCCACAGGCAACGGCUGUCUCUGCUUUCGCUGUGUAUGCCCAGUCAUGGACUGACGCGAUGUUGCUGUGCAGCCUGGAGGCGCUGGCACAAGCUCUGAGGUUCUACUUUCCUGCAGUGCUCGCUGCGCUUCAAUCGCUACCCCCAAGGCAGCAGCAGCAACCCUCGUCGCAGGAGCAGAACAAAGACAGCGCCUCAGUGGAUUCUUUGCUUUCGCUUCUAAUCGCCAUCUCGAAGGCUGGUCUGCGCCACUGUGCCGCUGCAGACACGGAGCUUCUGCUGCCUGCAGCAAACACCUCUCAGCGGACUGGUCUGCUGGUGCUGCACGCUUCCCUGCAGACAGUCGCUUUUCUAGGGAGCCUGUGUGCAAUCAACGCUUGCCGGCUUGGCAGCAGCGAGGCUGCAGUGUGGAGCCAGCAGUACCGCCGUGUUGUAGCGGCCCUUAUGGAGACAGCGUCUCUUGUUUCGCCUUCGCUUCGCUCUGCAGCGGCUCUUGCUGUCGUGAGGCUGGUGCUCGAACUGCAUCGCAUGCGCUCUGCUGCAGCCGCUUCCGCAGACGCGAGAGAAGAGGCAGUCCUCGCCAGCGAGACAAAUCAAGUCUUACUGCUGGUCUUGCAGCUGGCGCAGUUGCAACAGCUGGCUGAUUCUUCAGAGGGUAAAAAGGCUGCACCGAGGGAGGAAGAUGCAGCAGCGGCUUCGGCCGCUGUGGAAUCUGCAGCAGCCGUUGCUGCAGAGAAAAGCGGAGUAGAAACGCAGUUGGCACACGCAGUGUUUUCUUCGCCUCGACUGAAGGCUUCACUAUGGCCUCGUGUGUCUAGUUCGGCUGUCUGCUGGCUCUCCGCGCUGCUGCUGCAUGCGAAGCACCUGCCGGAAGUUGCUGCUUUGCUCUUGCUGCUCCAGCGGAUUUUCCUCUCCAGAGUAGGAGAUGCCGAUGUGUUUGUCGGGCAGUGCGCGUGGAGGGGCUUGAGCCGCUGUCUCGUGGCUGCGUGUCUCGCCUCCGAGGAUGCAGCAGCAGCAGCCGCAGCAGCAGCCCAGGCAGCAGCAGCACCCCAGGCAGCAGCAGCACAGGCAAGGAUCUUGGCGGAAACAGCGACAGCAGCGCCAGCAGUCCCUGCAACAGGAGCCACUCGUUGCGAGGAGAGAACUGCCAGCUUGAAGGAUAUGCUGUUGCGCGAGUUGUCUGUCUACGUUGGUUCUCGAAUUUCUGUGAGCCCUACCGAGCAGGCUCUCAAGAUGCAAGGCUUCUCAGUGCACCAUCAGCAGAAACAGCAGCAGAGGGAGAAAAACAGCAGCGGAGGCGACGUCUCAGGAGCUGAGCGGCAGCCUUCGAGGACAGGAGCAGCAGAGCUGAACGACGCUGAUGCUGGUGCUGCUCGCAUCAAGUUGCUGCGGCAGCUUCUGCAGGCAGCACGCGAUGGUGGCCAUGCUGCUGCGGUGUAUGCGUUGCUAGAUCAGCCCUUGCCGCCUCUUUUCGUGGAUUUUCUCUGCGUUGCUGCAUGCGAUGUCUCCGUUCCAGCCUUCUGUCUCCAGCAACUCCGACAGCCGCUGCUCCGCACGUACAGCAGCAGUGGUAGGCUGGCAGACGCAGAAUCAGCCGCAGAACCUCCCGAGGCAGCUGCAGUACUGGCCCCUCAGCAAAGACAAGACGCAGGGGAAGCGCGAGGAGGAAGAGGAGGAAGAGGAGCAGCAGAACAAGAAGAAGAGCUUGACGCGUUGGCUGUGGACGGCCAGGUGUCUGCUUUGCGCUUCAGCUGCCCCCUCUCUCUGCUGUUUUCCUUUUCCGUAUACUUCUGGCAUUCCACGGUGCCUCUCAGGGAGUCUGUCGAGAUGCUUUCGCAGGCAGUGUAUGGCAUCUCCUCCGUUGCAGAGCUCACAGCUAUCGGUGCUCCCCGCAACCCCUUCAUGUUGGCACUGCAGCAGAGGCAGCAGCGUGAGCAGAAUCAGCAGUCUCCAUGGCAGCUGGUCGUGAGACAGAUUGUCAGGUGUCUGCAGGGCCCCAACCAGCUGCUCCGAGAAGCUGCAUGCAAAGCAGGUUCAGACAUUCUGAAAGGGCACGACUGGACAGAAAUAAAGCCUUUUUUCGAAGACUUGUGGUUGUCUGCUGCCCGCUGUCUCGACGAUAUCGUAGACGAAGUGCGCGCAGCAGCAAGGCUCCUUGGAAGAACUCUUAGAGCUCUCACUGGGGAGCUUUGCUGCGAGGGUCGCCCCCUGGUGGCUUCGGUGAACUUGCUGCAGAAAGUCUGCGAAGCACACAGCGGCAACAAAGAGAUCCGCAUCCUUUGUCUGGAUGUCUUGGGGGAGUGCGUGGGCAACUGUUUCGCGGCAGAAAGGCGCAGGCGUUCUAAGCGUCAUUCCUCUGCAACACUUACUCCCGGAGAUGAUGGCAGCUGCACGGAGAAGAAAGGAGGCAGUGAGACUGCCGCUGAUGACACCCCCUCUACUCACGAUACGGAGGCUUGGUUGGUGCCGUUGGUAGUCUUCCUUAUCGAGGGACUGGGAGCUUUUGAACCUCGUGCCUUCGCCUUCCACCAAUUUCACGCCGAGCGACUUCACGGCGUCUCGCAGAAGGAUUUUGAAAGGACGAGGGUGUCACUCUCUCAGACGGGCAGGGCAGCAAAGAUCCUCAAAGACAUUGCACGCCAAAUGGAUCUGAGUGCUGUGGGAUCGCUGAUACCGCCUUUGGUACAAAAGCUGCGGGGAAGCCUCGGCGUGGCGAGUCGAUGCGGCGUUUGUUUCUUCGUGUCGUCGCUAUUCGACGAGUGGGGAGCCAAGAUUCCUGAGGUGUCUGUCCACGCUAAGCGCCUCCUAAAGGCUCUCGCACGGAGUCUGCUAGACCCCUCCCCCACCGUUAGGGGGGCAGCCAUUGAAGCCUUCGCGGUUGUUUGCAAGUUUGCCAAUUCGAAGGCCAUGCAGGAGGUGCUAGAGAAGCAGUUGCUGCAACUGCCCUCCCCCGACUGUCUCGAAGUCUAUGAGAGAGUGGAAACGCAGCUCAGCGUUGGCAACGCCCUCCUCCACGUUUCCAGGCGAGCCAGUGAGCUGUUCAACGCAGAACUGCGGGGGCACGUUGCAGCAUCCGCCUUUUGCUUCCGCCACAGCAGCAGCGAGGCUGUAGCCGCGGUGUAUAGGGACCUAUGGACGGAAGUUGCUGCUUCGGACGCAUUUGGAAUUCCACGAUACAUGGCCUUCAUCGUGGAUAAGCUGCGCCUUCAGCUGGAGCUCUCCGUCAGGGAAGAGAGACUCACUGCUGCGCGAGCGAUCUCUACCCUUGCGGCGCAAGUUGCCGCCACGUGGAAGGACGGCUUCCCCUCGUCAGUCCAGCGACGCACCCUAUCCCCUUUCUGUGGCAGUCUUUCUGCGCCAGUUGACUUGAGAGCCUUCUAG